AAGCAUCCUGACCCUUGACUCAAUCCCCUUUAAACCCUUACCCUGGAGGAACUCUCUAGAACCCCCAUAAUCUUUCUCUCGACUCGCACUAUAAAGACUCGUCUUUUUUACUCCCACCUCAUACCGGAACUUUCAAUUUCUGUCUCUCGAUUCGUAAACAAUCUCGCGUUUCUCUCUCUAAAAUCAUGGAAGAGGAUUUUGAUAUUCCAGCCGGGGAUGAAAUGAUGAUGAACGAUGACGUGGAUCUCGGUGAUCAAAGCCCCAUUUUGAAGGUAGGUGAAGAGAAAGAGAUCGGGAAGCAAGGGUUGAAGAAAAAGCUUGUUAAAGAAGGUGAAGGAUGGGAUACUCCUGAUAACGGCGACGAAGUUGAAGUUCAUUAUACGGGGACGUUGCUGGAUGGGACUCAAUUUGAUUCUAGUCGUGAUAGAGGGACGCCUUUCAAGUUCACUCUUGGGCAAGGCCAAGUGAUUAAAGGAUGGGACCAAGGUAUCAAGACAAUGAAGAAAGGUGAAAAUGCUAUUUUCACCAUUCCUCCUGAGUUGGCUUAUGGUGCUUCAGGCUCACCACCAACUAUUCCUCCUAAUGCUACCCUUCAGUUCGAUGUUGAAUUGCUGUCUUGGACUAGUGUCAAGGAUAUCUGCAAGGACGGUGGCAUAUUUAAAAAAAUUCUUGUUGAAGGAGAAAAAUGGGAGAAUCCAAAGGACCUCGAUGAAGUAUUAGUUAACUUUGAAGCUCAGCUUGAGGAUGGCACAGUUGUUGCCAAGUCUGAUGGAGUGGAGUUCGCUGUCAAGGAGGGCCAUUUCUGUCCUGCACUGGCAAAGGCUGUCAAGACAAUGAAAAAGAAAGAGAAGGUUCUUCUUACAGUGAAGCCACAAUAUGGAUUUGGGGAGAAGGGUAAGCCAGCAUCCAAUGGUGAAGGUGCUGUUCCACCCAAUGCCACACUUCAGAUAACUCUGGAGCUGGUUUCAUGGAAGACUGUAUCAGAGGUGACUGAUGACAAGAAGGUUAUGAAGAAAAUACUGAAGGAGGGCGAGGGAUAUGAGCGUCCAAAUGAUGGGUCUCUUGUCAAAUUAAAGUUGAUUGGGAAGUUGCAAGAUGGUACAGUAUUCUUGAAGAAGGGCCAUGAUAAUGAGGAAGAGCUGUUUGAAUUCACAACAGAUGAGGAGCAAGUUAUUGAGGGGCUUGAUAGAGCUGUGCUAGCAAUGAAGAAGGGUGAGGUGGCACUAGUGACAAUUGCACCAGAGUAUGCAUUUGGUGCAUCUGAGUCAAAGCAGGAGUUAGCUGUUAUUCCUCCUAACUCGACCGUAUAUUAUGAGGUUGAGCUGGUAUCCUUUGUCAAAGAGAAGGAAUCAUGGGACAUGAACACCCAGGAAAAGAUUGAAGCUGCAGGUAAGAAGAAGGAAGAAGGCAAUAUUCUGUUCAAGGCAGGCAAAUAUGCUCGGGCUUCCAAGCGAUAUGAGAAGGCUGUCAAACACAUAGAGUAUGAUUCUUCUUUUAGUGAGGAGGAGAAAAAACAGGCCAAGGCAUUAAAGGUUGCUUGUAACCUAAAUAAUGCUGCUUGCAAGCUAAGAUUGAAGGAGUACAAAGAGGCAGAAAAGUUGUGCACUAAAGUGUUGGACUUGGAGAGUAGAAAUGUAAAGGCUCUAUACAGGAGAGCCCAGGCAUAUAUUCAAUUGGCAGAUUUAGAUCUGGCCGAGUUUGAUAUUAAAAAGGCCCUUGAGAUUGAGCCUGAUAACAGGGAUGUCAAGCUAGAGUAUAGAACUUUGAAAGACAAAAUGAGGGAGCUUAACAAGAAAGAAGCCAAAUUCUAUGGUAACAUGUUUGCCAAAAUGAAUAAGCUGGGUCCUCUAGACUCCAACAAUUCUAAAUCAAAUGAAGCAGGGCAAAUGAGCAUAGACAGCAAGGCAUGAGCAAGGAGGAAAUGGAUAACCAUCUGGAAAAUGAAGGAGCAAAAUCCUUAUUUUUUCUGUUUUAUAGUUUGUGGUCUUGCUUUUUGUAUCUUGAAGAACUUCCUUAUUUGGUAUUGUGAUGGCAAGUAGAAGGCUGUAAUGGGUUCUUCUAACAAAGGAUUGGUUCAAAUGGUAGCACCAUAUGAAAACGGGACCCAAAUUUAUCUGUGUCUUUAACUUAUUAUCGUUAUUACGUUUUAAUCCUUGGGAAAGCUGAUAUCAUGACAGUUUUAUUUGUUCUCUUUUA